AUGCUGAGGGAUUCUGAUAUAGAUUCCUUGAACGGGCAUCUUGCAUCCUUAUCGCGAGAGCAACAAAAGCAACAUGACAACCUCCAGGACCUGCUUAGCCAGUUUAAGAGUUUAUUGGACGACUACAGCUCGCUAAAAAGCGACUAUGAAGAAGUUAAAGAAGGCCGAGAAAAAUACAAAAGGCAGGCCAGAGGCCAGGACCGUAACCCUUUUGUUCUCGUCCUUGUAGACGGAGAUGGUUAUCUGUUCAAAGAGCAUUUCUUGAAGCACGGCAGCGAAGGUGGAAUUAAAGCAGCCCGCGAGUUGAGCGACUCUGUCAAAGAGCUUAUGCAUUCAACAAUGGGAAUGCAGGCAGAACAGUGUCGUAUCAUGGUUCGCGUCUAUGCAAAUGUUCUCGGUUUGUCGAAAGUGCUAGCCCGAGCUGGACUUAUGGGCCACGAGGCUCGAUCCAUGUCACCAUUUACUUCGUCAUUUACCCGUGCCCAGGAGCUUUUUGAUUACGUCGAUGCUGCAGAAAAGAAGGAAGGUAGUGAUUUCAAAAUCAGAGAAAUGUUCCGUCUCUUCGUGGAUCUCAACCAAUGCCGCCAUAUCUAUUUUGCUGGCUGCCACGACACUGGAUACGGCUCCCUGCUGACGCCCUAUAGAGGCAGAGGUGACCGUAUCACUCUCAUCAAAGCCGCUGGUUUCCAUCGCGAAUUUGAGGCCUUGGAUCUCCCUAUCCGAGAAUUACCCUCAGUGUUCAUGUCUACUCCCCUAAUUAACAGCAAACCGCCCACAGGCCCGGCUGCGUCUGCGUCUCCGACUACGACUAAAUUCAAUGGCGGAAACGGUGCACACCAUAUCCCUAAUGGCAUAAGUUGCGCCAACGGUGCAAGUAUCACUAAGCCAAUCUGCAAGCACUUCCAGAAGGGUAUUUGCAAGUUCGGCAACGGCUGCAAUAAACAACAUGUUAUGCCUAACCAAUCACUGAAUCAUCAGCCGUUGCCUAAGCAAUUAGGUGCAGGCGAUUCACCUAAACAGUUUUGGUCUUCUCCCACAGUUGUUGGUCGCUCCGAGGAUUUUCUUAGAUCCAUGCUCCCUUUGCCAAGCAUCAAAACAGAAGAAUUCAUUCCAGUCAAUAAGGAUGGGGACCGUAUCGACCCAUACUAUUCCCAGCCAUCGCCCGAAGCCUUCGAUGAAUACAACGCUCGAGCUAAGGAGCACAAAGUCUGCAAUAGCUACCAUCUUUCUGGAGAAUGCGGCGACAUGAGCUGUACCUAUGACCACAGCGAUGUCUCUAAUGUGAUCAUUGAGGUUUUGCGAUACAUGCUCCUUCAACACCCCUGCACUCGGGCCGGCGCUUGCCGAUCCAUCAAAUGCUACAUGGGGCACCUUUGCCAGAAGCCUGGAUGCAAGGGCGUCAAGAGCUGGCAAUGCCGAUUCAACCAAACGGCCCACACCCUUGAUCUUCAAACGGCUCGAUGGGACGUACCAAGUGACCAAAGCGAAAUUGAUCAAUGGUCUGUCAGCGACGAUUCUACUGGAAAAGGAUUGUCGCCUAUGUAUUUCUAA